AUGGGAGAUAGUUCCACAGACACAGAAAAAGAAGAGGAUGAGGAAGAGGAAGAGGAAGAGGAAGAGGAGGAUGAAAAAGCUCAAAAAGACCUCACCUAUGCCAUAGUGCCCACAAUUAACAUUCAAGAUGAGCGGUUCGUGGAUUUGUCUGAAAGUCCAGCUUUCAUUUGUCUGAAUGAGUUACAUGCCAUGGGAAAAAUUCCUGGAACCAGAAUGGCAGAAUUAAAAGCAAAGUACACCUUGCUGCAUGACACCGUGAUGAGCACCCAAGAGUCAGAGGUCCAGCUGCUACAGAAUGCCAAAAAUUUUACUGAGCAAAUACAACAGCAGCAAUUUCACCUGCAGCAAGCUGAUAGUUUCCCAGACGCAUUCUCCACUGAGGUCUCCAAGAUGAGAGAACAGCUGCUCAAGUAUCAAAAUGAAUAUAACGCAGUGAAGGAAAGAGAGUACCAUAAUCAGUACAGACUAAACAGUUUAAGAGAAGAAAAGGACCUCAUGUUAAAGGAAUUUGAGAAGAUACCUAAGCCAGGAGAAAUGGAGAAGAAGAUGAGAAUACUCAGAGACAGCACUGAAGAAUUACGUAAAGAAAUAAUGCAGAAAAAAUUAGAAAUUAAAAAUUUGCGGGAAGAUUUGACAUUUAAGCAAAAGCAAUUAGUAAAGGAACAGAAGGAUCUAGAAGAAUUGCUGCAACACCAGGUUGUCCUAAAGGAUGAAGUGGUCUACCAUCAAACUGUUCCUGUACAGAUUGUAAAAGAGAUUGAAAAAAUGGCACGCAGAAAAGUAGAAAUGGAAAAGAUAAAUAUUAUCUUGGAACUUGAAGUCAAAGAGCUAAACGACUCCCUAAAGAAAGUUGAAAACAAAAUUAGUGCUGUAAUAGAAGAGAAAGAGGAUGUAAUGAAGGAAGUUGAAGGCAAAAGAACCUUGCUUGAAAUCAAAGAACGAGAAUAUAACCAACUAGUCAAGCUAUUGGAAUUAACCAGAGAGAAUGAAGCCACUUCACUAAGUGAAAAAGGGAUCUUAGAUCUCAACAUACGAAACAAUGUCAUUGACAAGCAGAACUACCAUGAUGAGUUUUCUCACAAGCAAAGAGAGAAKGAGCGAGAUAUUCGAAAUUUAAAAAAGAUGGAGAUGCUCUUGAAAGUGUCCUCAGAUUCACUUACUCAAACUCAAGCCAUGUAUAAAAGGCUUCAAUUAGAGAUUGAAGCAAUCCCUAAAGAUGAUUCUGUAUUAUCUGAGAGAAGGAAAGAACUCCACAGGGAAGUUGAAAUAGCUAAGAGGAAUUUGUUCCGAGAACUGUUGUUCCACCUUGUCCGUAUGACACAAAUCAAAAUUGAUGAAAAGGACCAAAAGUCCAAGGAUUUCCUGAAAGCUCAGCAAAAAUAUAACAACAUUGUUAAAGAAAUCAAAGCAAAGGAUCUUGAAAUCAGAAUAUACAGGAAGAAAAAACGUGAAAUUUAUCGAAGGCUCAGAGAGUUUGCAAAGUUGUAUGACACAAUUCGAAAUGAAAGAAACAAGUUUGUUAACCUACUUCACAAAGCUCACCAGAAAGUAAAUGAAAUAAAAGAAAGGCAUAAAAUGUCAUUAAAUGAACUGGAAAUUUUAAGAAAUAGUGCCAUUACUCAGGACAGAAAGCUACAAAAUUCUGUGUUGAAACAUGCCAACAACGUUACUAUCAGAGAGAGCAUGCAAAACGAUGUGUGCAAAAUCUUAAUAGCCGAGAAGCAAAGACAGAUUAGCGUGACAAAGAAGUUACUGCCAGUCAAGAGUGCCUUGGAUGCCGAUCUUGCGGUGCUCCAGAUUCAGUUUGCACAGUGUACAGACAGAAUAAGAGACCUGGAGAAACAGUUUAUAAAUCCUGGGGAUAAAAACAGAAUACGUCUCCUUCGAGGGAAGGACCUGACCGAAGCAGAAAUGAUCAAAAAAUUAGAUGAGCUGGAACUACAGUUGGCCAAGAAGGAGGAGAAGUUACUAGAGAAGGAUUUCAUCUUCGAACAGGUCUCCCGACUUACAGACAGGCUCUGCAGCAAAACUGAGGCCUGCAAGCAGGACACGCUGCUCUUAGCCAAGAAGAUGAAUGGCUAUCAGAAAAGGAUCAAAGAUGUUACUGAAAAAAUGAUGGCUCUUGUUGCUGAGCUGUCCAUGAAACAAGCCCUGACCAUUGAACUCCAGAAGGAAGUCAAAGAGAAAGAAGAAUUCAUCUUUUAUUGCAAUUCCAGGUUAGAAAAAGGUYUGCCACUCAAUAAAGACAUUGAGAGAGAAUGGAUGAAGGUACUUCGAGAUGAACAAAUGUAUGAAAUGGCCCUCACUGAAAAGUUUCGGGAGUUGCGAGAAAGAGAUAAUCAACUGCUGCCCAAUGGUGUUUACACAUCAGCGGAGCAGCGCCCAAAUGCCUACAUUCCGGAAGCAGACGCCACUCUUCCCGUGCCAAAGCCAUACGGUGCUCUGGCUCCUUUUAAGCCCAGUGAACCUGGAUCCAAUAUGAGGCAYAUAAGGAAACCUGUUAUAAAGCCAAUUGAAAUUUGAAUGUGUAGACCAA